CAGAACGCGGCAGCGGCAGGAAGUGUGUGCAGCUGAAUGGCGGCGGGGGGAAGACCCGAGAACCCGAAUCCUGUGCGGAAAAACGGGGCGAAAAUGAAAUAACCGCGCACAAACCGAGAGAGCUGCGCGUCCUUCUGCACCGCGCGGCACAGCGGCCUCUGGACGUGACCUCUGACCCCGUGACCUCACUCCAGAUGCCCGCUUCUCCCUGAGCCCUGUGACCUUUGACCCUCCCUGGCGUCGGCCCGGGGGACAUGGCAGAGCGAGGUCCCGAGGCGCCGUGCCCCUCGCCCCUCCUCCAUGUGAAAGCGUCGCGCCCGGACGAGCUGCAGUGCCCUCAGUGUGGGCGCAUCUUCAAACACGCCGCCAGCCUCGCCAACCACAAGAAAACGCACGAGGUUGGCUCUUUCCAGUGUCCCGUUUGCACUCGCACGCUGCCCAACGCGGUGGCUCUGAAAAACCACUUACGUAUCCAUACUUUGUCUCCGAGUAGUGUCCCGGCCGAAGACGAGGCGGAGCCCAGUGACGAACGCCACUACGGACUGAGCUGCGGGGAAAACUCCUCCCCCCUGCACGACCCCGGCGACCUCAGCGAGCCCCGCGGGGACCCCGAGCCCGAACCGGAGGACGCCUGGGACCGCCCCUUUAAGUGCGACCGGUGCGACCGCACGUACCGUCACCACGGCAGUCUCGCCAACCACAGGAAGUGCCACCAGGAGGGCGACUUCGAGUGCGGCAUCUGCCUCAAACACUUCGGGAACCUGGCGGCGCUGAACGCCCACGAGCGCUCGCACAAGUACAAGGCCGUCGCCAUGGUGAGCGGAGGGGGCGGGGCCGGAGAGGCUGGGGGGGCGGGGCCUCAGAACGACUGCUUCUGUCACCUGUGCCAGGUGUCGCUGCCUAACAAAAGCGACUUCCAGGAGCACCUCCUGCUGCACAGCGCGGCGCCCCCCGCGGGCGUAGCGCGGAGCUUUGGGUUGAUGCCUCACGCCGCCGUGCGCUCGCCCAGCUACGCGCCCGCCCUUGGGGACCCUCUGCCCCUGCCGCCCCUGCCGCCCCUGCCGCCCUCGGACAAACGACCCUACGACCCCAUCAUGGGCCCCGCCCACAGCUCCGUGUUCACCUGCGCCUACUGCGGCUCCGCCCACCCCGACAUGGACAGUCUGAAGGCGCAUUACCUCACGCACGAGUCCCGCCCCGCCCACUCCGAGUCGCGCCCCUCCCACGGCCAGGACCUCCUCUCCGACGGCUCUCAGAGCUCGGGGGAGGAGCCCGGCGCCGCACGGCCAACGGGCGACGCUCCCGAGCGCAGGUUCAAGUGCGGCGAGUGCGGCAAGAGCUACCGCCACGCCGGCAGCCUCGUCAACCACAAACGCUGCCACCAGACGGGGCAGUACCAGUGCAGCGUCUGCGGGAAACAGUACCCGCACCUGGCGGCGCUGCACAGUCACCUGCGCAGCCACAGGGGGCGCUCCGCCCACGCCGCGGGCGCCGAGGGAGACUGGCUGAGCUCUGAGCCAAUCAUGGAGCAGAGCUACGGCGAGGGCGGGGCCCUGCAGGAGGGCGGGGCGCACUUUUCUCAGGGUGGAGCUUUGGACGCUCUGGAGUUUCACGAGCGCUUCGAGAGUCCCCUGCAGGCGGCGCCGCGUCAGAGCGAGCGACAGGUGUGCACGGACUGCGGGCAGGUGUACAGUGACGUCAAGACUCACCUGUGCUCCGGCCGACAGGCGUCGCAGGGGAACCUGUCCAACGGCUUCAACAUGAGCUAUUCGGCUCCACCCCCCGCCGGCCUGAAGGAGGACGCCGCGCGCUUCGCUCCCGCCGCCGUCAAACGCCUCGGCCCUGGCGACAAAGACGACGAAGACGACGGCGAGAUUUACCAGUGCUCCGUCUGCGGGAACCACUACGCCAGCUUGCGCGCCCUGCGCAGCCACCUGCGCAGCCACGCCAACAACCCCGCUCCCCCCGGCCCCGCCCCCGAGGACCAGGGCUGGAGGCUCAUCUGCGCCACCUGCGGGCAGAGCUUCGGCCGGAAACAGGACCUGCUGAACCACCAGCUGACCCACGGGCCGCAGAGGGAGGUCAAAGGUCACCGCAGCGCCUGCCCCGACUGCGGCCUCUUCUUCUCCGACCGGCAGCUCCUGGCGUCGCACGCCUGCCCCGGCAAGAGCCGCCUCAACGGCAAAGAGUCAGCGGGGGGCGCUCACGAGGCGCGCAGGGCGCCUCCGGAGCAGAGCGACAAACCCCACAGGUGUGAACAGUGUGGGCGGGGCUACAGACACCCCUGCUCCCUCCUCAACCACAAGAAGUCCCACAAGACCGGAGUGUUCCGCUGCCUCGUCUGCCAGAAGAGGUACUACAACCUGCUCGCCCUCAAGAACCACCAGAGGACGCACUUCGACCUCAAGAGACAUAAAUGUGAGGAAUGUGGAAAAGCCUUUAAGAUCCAGAAGCAGUUGAUAAAUCACCUUCGUCUUCACGAGGAGCACCGCGCCAAAGGCCUGGUGCGCUCGACUCCGGGUGGCGCCCUCUUCCCUCAGGCCGGCUCCUCGCAGCUGCACGCGCUCAGAGCCGAUGCUGCCAAAGGCCCCGCCCCCCUGGGCCCCGCCCCCCUGGGCUUUAAGAAGCCGUACUCUUCGGCGGGAUCGUCGCGGCCGCAGAAGUUCGACGCGGCGGAGAGCAGCCGGAGACCGUUCUCCUGCGAAGAGUGCGGUAAAACGUACCGGCACGCGGGCAGCCUCGCCAACCACAAGAAUCUGCACAAGAUCGGCGACUACCACUGCAACGUGUGCAACUCCACCUACCCCAACCGGCUCGCCAUGAAGAACCACCUGAGGCUGCACUUCGCCCACAAGAAGCACAACUGCCCCGACUGCGGCAAAGGCUUCCGCACCCAACGGCAGCUCGCCACGCACUCGGCGGGCGGGCUGUGCAAGGGCGCCCAGGGCCCGGGCCAGCCCAUGGACUACGAGUGCGACGGCUGCUGCGAGGGAUUCUCCACUGCCGCUGAACUCUCCGCCCACGACUGCCCGGCGGCGCACCUGCCCUCCGGCUCCGCCCCCUCCCAUCCCCGCGAGGAGCGCGCGCCCAGCGAGGACUCGGACGAGCGCCCGUACGUGUGCGACCUCUGCAACUGCGCCUACAAACACGCCAGCUCCCUCCUCAACCACAAACACACCCACAAGACGGGCAACUUCCGCUGCAGCUUCUGCGACAAACCCUACACCAACUACAUGGCGCUGCGCAACCACAUGAGGAUCCACACGCAGCGCAAGAAGCACGUGUGCCACGUGUGCGGCAAGGCCUUCCGCCUCGCCCGCUUCCUCCGCAACCACCACCGUGUGCACGAGGAGGGCGCAACGCCCUACGGCUGCCCCGGCUGCGGCAAGAGCUUCCAGGGCCGCUCGGCGCUGGCGCGGCACCGCUGCGGCGACGGGAGCUCCGUCCCCGUCCCCGCCCCCCCCGACGGGCAGGACGCCCACGGGAAAGCGCCCGGCGAGCCAGAGGAGUGCCGGUACACGUGUGAGGAGUGUGGGCGCUCGUACCGUCACGCCAGCUCGCUCCUGAACCAUCGGCAGACUCACCGCGUGGGCGUCUUCUCGUGCGGAUCGUGUCCUAAGACUUUCUCCAACCUGCUGGCGUUCAAGAACCACAGACGGAUCCACUCGGAGGCGCGGCGCCACCUGUGCCCGGACUGCGGGAAGGCGUUCCGCGUGUCGUCGCAGCUGUACGCCCACCGCCGCGUGCACCUGCGUCAGAGCGCCCUGACCUGCCGCCCCUGCCGCCGCGCCUUCCCCACGCUCGCCAGCUACGGCCUGCACAUGGAGCUGAGCCACGGGCGGCCGCCCCCUCCUCCCGCCGCGGGGGGCGGGGCUGAGGGGGCGGAGCGCCCGUACGCGUGCGAGCAGUGCGGCCGCUCGUACCGCCACGCCAGCUCCCUCCUCAACCACCGCAACAGCCACCGGACGGGCGCCUUCGCCUGCGCCGCCUGCCACAAACAGUUUAAGAACCUCAUGUCUCUGAAGAACCACCGGCGCAUUCACACUGAGCCGCGGCGCCACCUGUGCCCGGACUGCGGGAAAGCAUUCCGCGUGUCGUCGCAGCUCCUGUGCCACCGCCGCAUCCACACCCGCGAAAAACCCUUCACCUGCCAGCACUGCGACAGGUGCUUCUCCUCCAGGUCCAACCUGCGCCACCACGCCAAGGUGCACUGGAGCGCCGCCGCCCUGCCCCCGGUCGCCGUGCCCGCCCCGCCCCCCCCCCCCCCCGAACUACAUGGGCAUGCCCGUGGGACCCUUCCUCUGAAACGCCCGCCCCUUUAAACGGAACUUUGGAAUAGAACGGAAGAGGACGAAGACGAGGGCGAAGACGACUGGAGGGUCAAAGGUCAGGAGGUGUCGGACUGCAGGGGCACAAACUGUAAAGACUCAGUGAAUCGUCUCUGUUCCCGUUUCCGUCACAAACACCACGACGUUUGGAAACAUGGCGAGAAACUUCCGGUGUCGUUCUGACUCUGAGCUCGACUCAAACCCACUGAAGGAAAAGAACAGAACAGACGCAGCGACGACGACGAUGACGACAACAACGACGACCUGGAGAUGAAGAAAACUGGGAUGUUCUCUCGUUUUUCCCACAGUUUGUCGACGAACAGGAUCAGAGCCCAGAGGAAGUUUCGCCGCAUGUUUCCAAACGUUUUCGUGGUUUGGGACGGAAGCGUGAACAGAGCUCGACUGUUUCUCGGUUUUUUGGGAUCUGCAGGAGCACAGGGGGAUUGUGGGAGAUGGAGGCGUAUAGCAUAAAGGAAGUGUCUUGUGUCUUCCCUCUGAGGCUCCUGCAGAUGGCAGCACUUACAGGAGACCCCCCCCCCCCACCCCCCGCCCGCCCACAGACACAGAACAGCAGAUCUCGUCUUUGCUCCCGUCGUCUAUUGGAACAAAUGCGUCAAUCAAAGCUGCCAUCUUGGUCCAGGGUAACGCUGCUUUAAACGAACGAACGAACGUCCAUCUGUGUUUCUCACAAACCGAGAGCUGGAUUUAUGUUUAAAGUUUCAUGUGGAGAAUUUCUUACUAACAUUGAUGUAACGUUUAGUUUUUACCUGAACUUUGUUUCCACAGAGCCGAGCGUUGAGAAACGAUUUCCCUCUCUCCGUUUUUUUUUGUUUUCUCUCGUUGGUUCUGUGGAAACUCGACCUUAGACCAAGAUGGCGGCCGCAUUAACACGCGCCAAGAAGCUGAAUGUGGCGAGAUCUACCGUUUUAUAUCUCUGCUCUCUCCCUCUCCUCCUCCUCUUCUUUAUUCUGUGGAUGUUUUACAGAGGGACUCGUGGUUGAUGUUUUUUAUUCUGUAAUAUUCUGAUAGAAACUCGUGUGAAGCAGGUCUCCCCGUAAAACGACUCAGAUGCCCCCCCCCCCCCCCGUCCUUCCUCCUUCCUCCUUAUGUGUGUCAGAUGCCCUCCUGCCCCUCCCCCCCAUGUGGACGUGUGUUUGUCUCUGAUGGAAAUAAUCCAGAAAAACAUUUAGAUUUUUGGAGAUUUCUGAUAAAAAAAAAAGUCUAAAAAUCUUGAGACACAAGUACGUGUUCUUAAAGUGACCGCUUUGGGGUGAGUGACCGCUGUGGAGUGAGUGACCGCUGUGGGGUGAGAGUGACCUCUGUGGUUUGAGUGACCGCUCUGGGGUGAGUGACCUCUGUGGGGUGAAUGACCGCUGUGGAGUGAGAGUGACCGCUGUGGAGUGAGAGUGACCGCUGUGGGGUGAGUGAUCGCUCUGGGGUGAGUGACCUCUUUGGGGUGAGAGUGACCGCUGUGGGGUGAGUGACCGCUGUGGGGUGAGAGUGACCUCUGUGGGUUGAGUGACCGCUCUGGGGUGAGUGACCGCUGUGGGGUGAGUGACCGCUGUGGAGUGAGAGUGACCUCUGUGGGGUGAGUGAUCGCUCUGGGGUGAGUGACCUCUUUGGGGUGAGAGUGACCGCUGUGGGGUGAGAGUGACCUCUGUGGGGUGAGAGUGACCGCUGUGGGGUGAGUGACCGCUGUGGGGUGAGUGACGCUGUGGAGUGAGAGUGACCUCUGUGGGGUGAGUGAUCGCUCUGGGGUGAGUGACCUCUUUGGGGUGAGAGUGACCGCUGUGGGGUGAGAGUGACCUCUGUGGGGUGAGAGUGACCGCUGUGGGGUGAGAGUGACCGCUGUGGGGUGAGUGACCUCUGUGGGGUGAGUGACCUCUGUGGGGUGAGAGUGACCUCUUUGGGGUGAGAGUGACCUCUUUGGGGUGAGAGUGACCGCUGUGGGGUGAGUGACCUCUGUGGGGUGAGUGAUCGCUGUGGGUUGAGUGACCGCUGUGGGGUGAGUGACCGCUGUGGGGUGAGUGACCUCUGUGGGGUGAGAGUGACCUCUUUGGGGUGAGAGUGACCGCUGUGGGGUGAGUGACCUCUGUGGGGUGAGUGACCGCUGUGGGGUGAGUGACCGCUGUGGGGUGAGUGACCUCUCCACACUUUAAAAACAUUUUUACUCCUUUUUUUUGUUCUUAUUUAUUGUAUAUAUUUCCUGAGACAAUCACAUUUGACCCUUUCACAAUAAAAGUCCAGAUUUCCAAACCCUCCAAAAUAAAGCAGCCGUCACUUUAAGACUUCCACGUGUGUGAGACACCUCCACGUCUUCCUCUGGGCCUCUCCUCCUCUUCGUCUCCCUCUCCUCUUCCUCCUGCUCUUCCUCUCCUGUAGCCUGUGCAGCUCUUCUCCUCUCCUCUUCCUCCCCUCGUGUCCCUCCCGUGUCCUCGUGUCCCUCUUGUGUCCUCGUGUCCGUGCUGUAGGACCUUUAGGAGACCGUGAGUCUGACCUGAGUUUUUUUGGACUUGUUUUUUUUUGGAUAAAGUGUAACUCGACUUUUAUAAAUAUGUUUUGAUAAUUCAUUUCUAACAGAACCGUGUCCUGAUUCUAUGAUUCUAUGAUUCUAUAACCGUUACUCAAAUAAAACCCUCAAAUAUCCAA